AUGAGGGUCCUGGCGAUUACCACCACUUUCACUGUCCUGGCGAGUGUGUUUGUGGCGAUUCGACUGUGGACGAGGUUUAGGAUCGUGAAGAGUCCUGGAUAUGAUGAUUUGCUUAUCUUUUUUGCAUUGAUAUGUUCCAUCACGUUCUACUCCUUCAUCCUUGUCGAGCGGCAUUAUGGUCUCGGAGAACACAAAAAGUAUCUCUCUGACGAUGUCAUCCAGGGUCAGAUGCAUUUCCUCUGGCUCUCCGUCCCCUUCUACAACCUCUCCCUAAUCCUCGCCAAACUAUCCGUCCUAGUCCUCUUCAUCCGCAUCUUCCGAUCAAGAAAGUUCCUAGUAUGCACAUACUCCACCAUGGCCUUCCUCAUCAUCGCAGGACUAUGGAUGGUUUUCAGCGGCUUCCUCUUUUGCAUACCCGUCCGAGAUUUCUGGAGUGUCAACUACAAAACGCAUACGGGCCAUUGUCUACCGGAGGGGCCGGUGUGGUAUGCCAAUGCGGCUAUGCAGAUCUUGACGGAUGUGGUUAUUUUGAUUCUUCCUAUGCCGUUGUUGUCGAAGUUGCAUUUGCCAAGGAGGCAGAAGGUCGGGAUGAUGUUGGUUUUUGGCGUUGGGAUUUUUGUGAUUGCGACUAGUUCAGCACGACUCUACGAACUCACCAAAAUGAUAGAUAGUCACGACUUCACCAAAACAAACUCCGAAGCAGCAAUCUGGUCCUCCCUCGAAGCCAACGUCUCCAUAAUCUGCGCCUGCCUCCCCCCCCUCCACCCACUAAUAUCCCGCAUAUUCUCCUUCUGCUUCCGCCCCCAACCCAUCCACUCAUCACCAGCAACAAAAACCCACUCCACAACCGGAACCCACCUCACCUCUUCCCGGAAACACUCCAUCUACGACCAAUCCUCCUACCCAGAAGGAAGCAUCUACUACAAUGAUUGUUUCUACGCCGGGCCCGGCGCCUACACGGCUAGUAUUUCCAAGACGAACACGAAUGAAGACGAGAUUCAUCGCGAGGGCGAGGAUGAGGAUGGGAUUCGGGUUGUUAGGGAGUUGAGGAUGGUUUCGGAUGCGGUGGAGCCGGGGGAGAUUGGUGGGUUUGGUGGGAAUGAGUUUGUGCAUGAUGAGAAUUUUGAGAUGGGGCUGAGACGGGGGUCGGGGGCGGGGAUGAAAGGGAAUGGGAAUGGAUUUAGGAAAACUAGUAUUGAGUGGGAUUUGGGGGAUUUUGAGUUUCCGGAUUACAAGGAGAGGAUGAAUGCUCCUAUUUGA